GUCUGCCCUGUCUCUGCAUGGCAUGGGACAGGGUCUGGAAGCUGCCAGGUCUAGCUGGAUUCAGAAGGAGCAAGAGGAAGGCAGAAAACCAUUAAACAAAAGCUCUGAGAAAGAAGAAGCAUGUGGAUCACUGGCUCUUUCUAGACCAGAUGAGCCUGGACCAAAAGAUUCAAAACAGCUGGUCCCAGCCAGGCCCCAAACACUUACACAGAUUGCUGUGCACAGCAUGCUGUCCCGAAUGGUAGAUUCAACAUCCCAGCUUGUCAGUGUGGAACAGACUCUCCUGCUGCCUCUCUUUCAGGAACAUCCUUUUCCUAUUCACUUAAAAGAUAGCAUUGAGUUUAGAAACAUCUGCUGUCAUCUGGCUUUACAGCGGGAGGGGCAGCGAUUUGACAGAGACUUACAUGCAGCGCACCUAUGUUUGAGGACCAUCGUUGAGAAACUGAUUCAUUCACUUGCGGUUUUUGCCUCCGAUUUGUAUUCCAUAGCUGAAGCUUCUCUGAGACAAAUCCUACAAGACCUCCCAGAGAUGUGAAACAGCCGCAAAGACAAGAACAACUAAUAUCUGUUAGAUAUGGGGAUACAACCGCACCUCUGAAUUGCCUCCAAAAUUAUGUGCAAUUUGAAAGGUUGAUUCUGCAGCCUCUGCUUGUACAAGUGAUCCCAUUGACUUCACAUGAGUAAGGACAUCAUAAUCAAGAGCCCAAUCCUGUCAAGUGUUGUGCACCCUUUAUCUCCCACCAAUAUGUGAGUCAAAAUAGUAUGGUUGGGAAUUGAGGGCAUCAGGAGUUGAUCUGAACCUUGCAGAAUUGGGUGCCAAAUGAACAAGGACUAUAGAGUUGGCGCCUAAAAUCAGGACACCAUGAAUAAAAAUAAUGGUAGUGGAGAAGAGGACUGGACCUUUGGAAUUCUAUUAACCUGAAUCACUGCCAGUGAAAACAUGCUCAGAUGAUUCUUUGUUCUAAUUUGACACUUCAGAGACAAAUCACUGUACUUAAGAAUGUAAUUUUAUUAAAAGGACAAAACAUAAAAGGCAUGUUGUAUGCAUGGUAUUUACUGAUUUUUUUUAAAGAUGCUCUGUAGUGUCCUUUACUACAAAGAAACAACUAAUCUGAAAGGUUGCCAAUUAAGAAAAAAGGGGAAACAUUUAGACCCAGUAGCAUCACUGUUAAAAAUAAAUAAAUAAAAGCCCUCAGUAGUCAACCAUAUGUAUGAUAAUGGAAAACAGACAGAAGGGGCACAAAGUGUGGCUACAGCAAUGUAUUCAAAGAUUUAAACAUAUAUUUGUGGAAAUUGUAUUGCAAAACUCACCAAGCUCUUGUGAUUGUGCAGCACUCACUCUGCUCACCUAUUGCUAAACCAGAAGUUUCCAUAGUCUGAGCUACUGCUUCUCAACCAGUGCUACAAGAGAAGUCUGAGGGUAUGUCAACACAACUGAAAU